CCCUUUGCUGACUGGUCUCUGCCUAGCAUGGGCGGGCUUUCUCUCCAAAAAAGCGGCGUGCUGGAACUCGGCCCUGCAAGAAACAUUCGCCACCAGAAGCAGAUUUUAGGGACCCAAUCUUAGGGUGUCUCUCCUGGCUGAAGCUUCACAUCCCCCGUGCUUCCUAGGUUAAGGCAGGAUCAGCCUUCCACAUGUUGGCUGGUGUUCAGCGGGGGCCCCACCUUAGAGGACAGAAUGCGUAAGCUCAGGCCCGUGGCCUGUGAACGCUGCCACACGUGGCCCACCCAGUAGUGCCACCUCUGCGUGACCAUGUGUGGGCAAGAGAGCCGAACAAUGCCAGUAUGGACAGAAUAGCCUAUGAUGCUCAUCCCCACCCACCACUUCCGAGACAUUGAGCGGAAGCCAGAAUACCUGCAGCCGGAGAAGUGUGUCCCACCUCCCCACCCCGGUCCCGUGGGAACCAUGUGGUUUAUCCGCGACGGCUGUGGCAUUGCCUGUGCCAUUGUCACCUGGUUUCUGGUCCUCUAUGCGGAGUUCGUGGUCCUCUUUGUCAUGCUGAUUCCAUCCCGAGACUAUGUGUACAGCGUCAUCAACGGAAUCGUGUUCAACCUGCUGGCCUUCCUGGCCCUGGCUUCCCACUGCCGGGCCAUGCUGACGGACCCCGGCGCGGUGCCCAAAGGAAAUGCCACUAAAGAAUUCAUCGAGAGUUUACAGCUGAAGCCUGGGCAGGUGGUGUAUAAGUGUCCCAAAUGCUGCAGCAUCAAGCCUGACCGAGCCCACCACUGCAGUGUGUGUAAGCGGUGUAUUCGGAAGAUGGACCACCACUGUCCCUGGGUCAAUAACUGCGUCGGCGAGAACAACCAGAAGUACUUCGUCCUGUUUACAAUGUACAUAGCGCUCAUUUCCUUGCACGCCCUCAUCAUGGUGGGAUUCCACUUCCUGCAUUGCUUUGAAGAAGACUGGACAAGGUGCAGCUCCUUCUCGCCGCCCACGACGGUCGUCCUCCUCAUCCUGCUGUGCUUUGAGGGCCUGCUCUUCCUCAUCUUCACGUCAGUGAUGUUUGGGACCCAGGUCCACUCCAUCUGCACAGACGAAACGGGCAUCGAGCGCCUCAAACGAAAGCACCAGCCCAGGGAGCGCAGGGGCAGCUGGAAGUCGGUUAAGGAGACCUUUGGUGGGGACUUCUCCCUGAACUGGUUCAACCCCUUCUCCCGACCGUGCAACCCAGAGCCCCUCAAUGACGGGGACUGGGUGCGGCAGGUGGCCUCGCUGUCCGACAUGGACAACACGGAGACGACGGAGGAGCAGUCGGAGGAGAGGAAGGAUGAGGACUCUGUGGAGGCGAUAGAUGAGUGAAGCUGCCGUGGAGGCAGGGCGGACACUGAAAAGCCGCUGGCAACCCCGGCCGCGGGUGUCAUGGCCACAGCGUGGUUGUGCCGUGCCACCCUGCACCCCCGCACUCCCGCACCCCUGCACCCUGCCGCUCCCCAUGGGUCCCUCUCUGCCAUUGCCAGCCGUGCCCCCACCUCUCCCCCCAGGCUGGGCCGGGUCUCGGGGGGUGGGGUGGGCUGGGUGUGACAGGGGACCAGAGACUCGGGGUCCAUCCAAGAAGAGUCUUGGCUGUGCUUCCAAGAUGGGGCGUCCUCUGUGACUGGCACGGCCUGGCCAGCAAAGGACACUCUGAACAGGGCAGCCCAGGGGCAGGGAAGCACUUGCCUUUGGAUAUUUUUGGGAUGUCUGUCUCCUCUCGAGGAGGUUGGGUCCCCAGCUCCUGGCUUUUGAGAACGAAGGCCAUGAUGUUAUGACAGAAGGACAGGGCAGGGCUGGCUCGAGGGCCUGGGGUGGACGUUGACACCCGGACAGACCAGCCCUGAAAGUUUGCAGGGGCCCAGCUGCUCCCGGAAAGGCUUCCCUGAGCCUGUCUACACUAGGAGAAGGGCAGGGCUGCCGCGGCGGCCAGCACGGGCCAGGCUCCAUCUGUGGAGGGACCCAUAUGGGGCUACAUACACACACAUGCACGUGACACGUGCCCAGGUUGGAAACAUGGGUUAUGACCGUAACUGUGUCGUGACGGUAGCACCAAAACUCAGCUCCCUUUCCAUCCCAAAGACACUAGAAUCGUCACUGAGUCAGACAGCUCAGAUCCGUCCUGCCUUGUGGCCACAGAUCUGUCCAUUCACAGACAGGGACAGGGGAGAGGACCUAUUCAGGGCUCUUGGGAGACUCUCUGACCACCCCCCGAGAGCUUAAUUAACUUUCCCUCUGGAGGAAGCCUAACAACCCACUUAUGCAGAACUGACCAGAAACCUGGCCCCGGUGUUUUAGGCCAGAUCUCCCAAGGUAGGGUCCAUCUUGCCUCUCUGAAAGGAUGGGUGGGCCAGGGCCCACAGACAUGUGGACCAAGAAGGCCAGACAGACGCACAGACUCACGCACGCGCGCACACACACGCACCGCACUUUGCCAGGAUGAUCCUGGGCCCCAGUCACAACGUGUGAAGCCUGAAGUGUCCGUGGCCAUGACUGAAGGCCUCAGCAGGGGCCCUGGGGCUCUGAGACCCCAUUCCAGCGGGUGCCAAAGAUGCGUCUUCCACACAAAGUCCUGCAGAAGGGUUUGGGUCUCAGUCUGGUGUAAGAAUGGAUUCGCCACCCCCAUCUCCCCUGAGUAAACCUUCUCUCCCUCUGGCCCAUGGCCCCAGGGUCAGCAGGCACCAGGAUGAGAGGAGGGAGGGCUCGGGCACUGAGGUAGAGCAGGAGUCAACCCCCCUCCCACACACACAGGGCUGGUAGCCUCAGUUAAAUGGGGGGAAGGUCAGCAUUUGGAAGCGCAGCCCAGGACACUUAGGAAGUUUGUGGGGACCGUGGGAAAGAGGAGGGCCAGGCAGCAACUAUGAAGGGCAGUGACCCUGUCACAGAGAGACUCCUACCCCCCCACCCCCGUCUCCAGCUGAUGACCCACCAGGCCCCAAGGCUAACUGCGCAGAGGGGCUGGUGUUCCCAUGGUGUUCCCAGAGCCACCUGUCUUAAUCGGAACACGUCCCAUGAGGAGGGUGAUGGCAGGUCUCACACAGUGACAGAGCAACCAGAAAGGCCUGGACCUCCCACACCCGGGCUGUGGCCCUAUCUUCUCCAUCCCUAUCAGCUUUAUUUAUUUAUUAAUGACGAUGUCAGGAGCUCUGGUGGUCUCCAAAGGCCGUUACCUCGCAGUUUGGGCAGGCCGCGCUCAGAUCACGGAGGGCUACCAUCUCCCGUCCCAGUCUGGGAGGCGGGCAGACUGCGACCAAAGACCCCACGCCUCAGAGGACAGCAGAGCCACCUUGGAGGGCAGUUAGAAUAGGGGAGAGGGCUCCCCGGCCGCUGCUGGCAGAGGCCCGUGCUCAGAGUGGGCUGAAGCCACUGGCCUGAAAUCAGAGGCACCCAGCAGCCCCAGUGCCUGUUCUGACUGCCAAGUGGCCCCGGGAGGCAUGUCACCUGCAGUCAGACUGGCCUCCCCAACGCGCGAGCCCUUCCACAGCUGGGGGCGCAGACCCGGCCAAUCCUGACUGAGCCUCCCCCGCGCCCUGACAGGCGGCCUGCCCUCCGCGGCGGCCGCGACAGCAUAACUGCUUGCCUCAAACUGACAGGAUCAUAACUCCUCCCACCCCAACGAGGACCACAGGGAAGGAGGCUGGGCACAAGCUUCCGCCUCGUGCUCCGGAAUAAAAAGCUCUUUGCUCGAC